AUGCCAUACUAUCACACACGUGGGAAGAUGGCGAGGUUACCUUUCAAGACAUGGAGAAUCAGACUGCUCCAACAAAGCAGGGCUACGCGAAACUUCACGAUUCUUGCAGGCAAGCCUGUCUCGACAAGCUGGAAUGGAUAUGGAUCGACACUUGCUGCAUCGACAAAACAAGCAGCGCCGAACUCUCGGAGGCUAUCAACACCAUGUUCCGCUGGUAUUAGGAGGCAGUCGUCUGCUACGCCUUUCUGGCCGAUGUGCCAUCAGACACAACCUUGGACGGGCGUUCUUGGUUCGCCACCAGUCGGUGGUUCACCCGAGGCUGGACUUUGCAGGAGCUCCUGGCACCGAAGCGGCUGGAGUUCUAUUCCAGGGAAUGGACGCACCUCGGCACCAAGUCGGGCUUGA